AUGCGUCCAUCCUCCUUUUGGCGCUGUGCCGCCGCUCUCGCUGCCUUUGUCCCCUCGUUCGCGGCCGCCGAAGACGCAGAUAACCCGAGCGGCCAGUCCACCUUCAUCUCCCCCGACAAGGACCUCGGCUUCGCCUUCACCAUUGGCAAUGAAGAUGACAACGACUACUUUGUGACGAUGCGCCUCAAGACGUCGCGCUCCUGGGGCGCCAUCGGCCUCGGCAGCGACGACAUGGCCGGCGCGCUGUACUUUGUCAUGUACCUCAACGACAAGGCCGACAACGUCACCUUUUCCCCGCGCCUCGCCUACGGCAACUACGAGCCCUACUUCUACGACACGAUGCGCUGGGAGUACCUGCCCGGCACGGGCGUCAAGGACGGCUACGCCACGCUCUCGUUCCGCUGCAUCGAUUGCCAGAACUGGCCCGGCGCAAACUCGGGCAAGGGCUACCUCGACCUCAACUCCAACAGCCAAAAGUCCAUCUGGGCCCUCGGCCCCCGCCAGAAGCUGCGCUCCAACGACCAAAAGGCCGCCCUGCGCUACCACGAGUCCCACGGCGUCUUCAGCAUCGACAUGGCCCGCACAAAGGGCGUCGCCGACGCGCCCGCCCUCACGGACAAGUCGGUCGACGAGGGCAUCACCCAGGUCGAGCACGCCACCAAGCUGUUUGACGUCAAGUCGUCCAUGCACGCCGCGCUGAUGACGCUGGCCAUCCUGGUCCUCUUCCCGCUGGGCAUUGUGCUGCUGCGCAUCGGUCGCUGGGCCAGCUGGCACGGCGUCAACCAGGCCGUGGCUCUCAUUAUCGUCCUCGCAGGCUUCGGCAUGGGCAUCGCCACCAGCUCCCAUUACAACCGCUCGAAGCAUUUCAACUCGGCGCACCAAAUCGUCGGAAUCCUCGUCGUCGCAUUCUUGCUCGGCCAGUUCACCCUCGGCGUCAUGCACCACCUCGAAUACCGUCAGACGCGCUCUCCGACCAAGUAUGGCAAAAUUCACGUUUGGCUCGGCAACGGCGUUCUCCUCCUUGCCGUGUUCAACAUGCUAUACGGUUACUUCUUCGCCAUGAACUACACUGCCGCUCUCGCCAUCUGCAUCACCGUCAUGGUGAUUUGCCUCGCCGCCCUGUUCUUUAGCAUCCGCCAGAUUCGCGCCGCCAAGAAACGCCGUCUCGCUGCAGCCUUUGGAGCGGCUCAGGCCGCUUCUUACGGCGACGACCGGUGGACCGACAACGAGCCCGGCGCCACGCGCGGCAACCACGAUCAUGAUCCUCUCCCCAACCCCAACGUCAACAGGCCGCCCGGCUCGCCAUCGCCGUGGAAGAGCGGCAGCGGCCGCAUGUCCUACGAGGACGAAGGCCACGAGCUGGGGACCAGGACAAGCAAGUUCUCCUCCUAG